AUGGCCUUCCCGCACCCUCCCGGCCUUCUGCCAGCAGAAGUCGCCUUCCUCUGCGAAAUGGAGUUGGUGACUGUCAUACCCCGCCAACGGCUCGAAAGACUGGACUUGCUAGGAGGCCCAACAGCAUCCCUCCGUCCACCCCAAAGAGCCAACCUACCCCUCUGGCUUGCCAUCCUCCUUAAACGCCAACGGCGCGCAAACAUCAUGCCUCCGCCCUGGCUCUACAAAGACUCCCUGCUCGAAAUCCUCGAGGCCGAAACGCAUCACUUCGAAGACUCCUUUGCGCCAGCUCCAUCAUUAGCACACGUGAAAGAGGUGGACGCACUAGGCAGGCAAUUCACGUCCAGCGCGCCCUUCCUCGAAUCCUGCACUGCUAGCGCACCGGCCAAUGCGCUGCCGUACCACUGGUUCGAGAUGGCGGAAAUGCUGUUGGAUGCGGCGGCGGAUGAUGUGAGUGAGGCGGAUCAGGUGAGGCAGUUGUUGAGGGAUGUGCGGGAGGUGAGGCUGGCGAAGAUGCGGAAGGGGGUGGAGGCGCUGACGGGGGAGGGGGAGGGAGUGAGUUUGAAUGGGGUCGGCGCGAUGGCGUUGAGUGAGAGUAGAGGUUUUAUAACAGGGGUGAUGGAUGGGUUGAGGAAGGUUGGGGCGAGUCGGGAGCAGGCCAGGAGGGAGAGGGAGGAUGAGGAGCGGCAGAAUGGAGCGUACAACGACGAUGAUGACGAUGACGAGGGUAUGACAUGA